CAUGAUAGCACACUGUAAUCUUAAUUUUGGUGUCUUGUUUUGGACGUUUCAUGCCACUGUAAAAUGUGUUCCUGUCGUUCGCGACGAAGCGAAUCAUAGAAUGUGGCAUCAUUAAGCCAGCGAGCAACGCAUAGAAGCAAGAUGGCGCAGUGUAGCAGAUGCCAAAUUCUAUUGCUGGUCAUAUGUUUGAACACUAUUGUCACAGCAUUUUCUUUCUUCAGUGGUGAAAUCACGCCGGAGGAUGACAUCACGAUAGAAGAGGGUGAGAGCUUUAACAUAACGUGCCGGCCGAAGACGCCGGGCCAGUCGCUGCCCUUCUUCAUGAGGUACUCCGAGGGCGAGGAGUCGGCGGUGAACGACAGCGACGUGACGAUGAUCGGACCCUCGCACGUGCAGCUGUACGUCGUCGCCGCGAGCAAGCACGACGACGCCGGACGCUACAUGUGUUACUUGCCGACUGCAGGUGGCGUGGACGACCUGCAGGGCCUCAGGGACGUCUACAUCUAUUCACAACCUGCACCUUUGAAGAACGUGAGCUUUGUAUCUAGAAAUGCCCAAGAUAUGACGAUAAGCUGGGUUCCAGGGGAUGAUCAGGCAUAUUUAUAUAAUGUGUCAUAUAAAGUUAGUAUGAAGUCAGUUAGUGGCAACAUCAUACCAUGGAAGGACUGCCCUGAAGAUACGGGGGACAACGUGUGCUAUAUUUCUGGUAGUGACAUUCAUCCCGACUACAACUAUGAUGUCAAAAUACGAAUUAUCAAUGACGUCGGAUGGAAGGAAGAAACAUACCAUGUCAUAUAUGAUGACAUUAUCAAGCCUGAUCUGCCACAGGACUUUAAGGUCGAUAAGAACUCUGUUGAAAGUAGCAGCUUUGACCUGACCUGGAACCAUCCUUACGGAAUGCGUGCCUAUGGAGCACAGCUCGCCUACGAAGUGAAAUACUGGUCUGAAUGGGACAAGAGCAGUCCUAUGGAAAUAUAUGUCGGGCAUUAUUUGAAUGCCACAAUUUCCGACCUGAUUCCCUAUACCGACUACACAUUAAACCUGAGAACACGCAUGGACCGUGUCAACAAUUACUAUUGGAGCAACUACAGCUCUAUUAUCAAUAAAACUGCUGCCGAUGUUCCCUAUGUUGCUCCUGCCAUCGUCCAGGGAGCUUACAAGUCGGUGAACAGUGAUGAUAUGAGAAAUAUUACGAUCUUUUGGCAGGACGUGGCAGAAUCGGACAGGAAUGGCAAGAAUUUUGUUUACACGCUGUCUGUGAAGAGCGAGUGCAAGCUUGAGUUGCGGCAGGACACCACGGUUACCUCCACGUCCUACACGUUCAUGGCCAGCAAACACUGCGGCUCCAGCGUCGACAUCAUUGCGAAAAACCACGUCGGAAAGUCGGACAAUAAGAGCCAUAUCUACAUCGGCAAAGCGAGCGACCUGCCGGCUAAAGUUGGUAAUCCACUAGCCGUGAAGAAUAGAGGAGAGGAGUAUGAGGUGACGUGGGAUAAAUCGCCUACGCUGUCCGUCUCUACCUAUACUAUCAUGUGGUGUGAUGUCAUGCCACCAACGUCAGAUUGCAAGCCGGAUUCGGAGCUGCAAUGGGAGAUCAUACCAGCUAGCGAGGCUCAGUGGAACAAGGUGCUGCCUUACGCACAGAACAUGACUCUACAGUUCUGGGUGUCGGCGGACACGGCGGUGACAUCUAGUGGCAUGGAGAGGAGUCCGUGCACAUACAUCUACAAUGGAGUGCCUCAGGUCGCGCCCGAAUUCGGCGCGGCGGGAAAGACGUCUCGCUCGCUGACGGUCAGCUGGUCGAAGAUUGAGAACUGUGCGGACGCGGUGGGUCUCAUACAGGGCUACUACGUUCAGUACACCGAGGCGCAGAGCAGCGGCCCAGACCUGCGCUGGAACAGCACGCGAGUGGAGGGCAUCUCGAAGCGCAGUGUGGAGCUGACGGGCCUGCUUCCCUACACGACGUACCGAUUCUACGUGCUCGCCUUCACGCACGCCGGCGUCGGCGGCGUCGAGGACGGCGUCAACAACAUGAAGAGCGAGACGACUAUGGAAGCCGUUCCGGCGGACCCUCCCCACAACGUCGCCAUCGUCACAACGACCAGCAGCUCGAUGAUGGUCGCCUGGCAACCGCCGCACGUCCCCAACGGCGUCGUCGCCGAGUACAUCGUCAGCGCCAUCUACAACGGCUCCGAUGUCGUCGACAACAGAACGUUCGCGGUGUCGGCGGCGGACGCGGAGGACGCGGGGGGCAGCAGCGGCUCGCUGUUGUACGAGGUCGCGGGACUGCACGGCUGGUGUUACUACGAGGUCGCCGUCACCGCCUGCAACGGCGCCGGAUGCUCCGCGCCAUCAGACACCGUCGGCGCCGAGACGCUGAUAGGAGCGCCGCCGCUGCUCGGCCCGCCGACGAUCGAGAUCGUGGAUGCUGACCGAGUGCUGGUGAAGGUCGCGGAGGAGGAGUACUACAACGGACACCUCGAGUACUUUCUUCUCGAGGUGUCAGCGAGCGAGGGAGGCGAUGGCGGAGAGGAGUGGCAGGUGACGCAGCAGAUUGAUGUCGCGAACGCGUCCGGGUUGCUCGUCGUGGUUGACUGCGACGGUGAACGCAAGUACGACUUCAGGGUUGCUGCGGUAACGUUCGAUGGUUCCGAGACGCAGGUGGGACCUUACAGCGAGGCGGAGUCUGCAAUGCUUUGCAUUAAAGACGUCGGUUUCGUCAACGUUGGCAUCAUCAUCGGCUGCAUUAUAGGUGCUGUCAUCGUCACGGUCAUACUCGUCGCUGGAUGCUGCCGUUUGAAAAAUCGCAUGGACAAGCAUGCAAAAGAGGAUAUUGAUGUCGUGCUGCCGCAGGCUUUGCCACUGGAGUCUGGUUACACACCGAUGAGCAGUGCGCAGACAGAGACGACGUACGUGCCUCAGCCUGACCUCGUAGAAGCCAUAUCCCCGAUGACCCAGGAGGAAGAAGAGGAAGCGGGAGAGGUCAGGGAUGGCAGCGACGGAAGAGUUGGCUCAUACAAGGGCGACGGCAGGACAGGUGGCGCCCCCAACCUCGCGUAUCAGCGACGCGACAGCGGGCACGGCAGCGACCUCUCGUAUCAACGAUCGCCUAACGGCACGCGCGACGGCACCACCGACUCGGGUCUAGCCGACACCCACUACGUCACCAUCGGCGACGACGACGACCCGCCCUCCAAGUACGUUCCGAUGCCGCACCGCUCAGCCGACUCCGUCGCGUCCUCCCCCGCCGAGUACAACGGCACGUCGGCGCCCCCUAGUGCCGGCUACUCGCGCAUGGCCGCGCACGACCUGCCGCCCUACGCCACGCUGCAGCAGCAGCAGCCGGACGUUGUCCUCAACCCGAAGCGACCGUCGCGAGAUUUCAUCGUCGGCGCCGUUACCGUGCCGACCGCUCCCGGCCUCCCGCCGCGCAACCUCGGCGGCGGCAAGCAGCCGGACGUGGAACUCACGACGAUCGAGAAACCGAAGGGCCGCUUCGCGAGCGGCGAUUCCGACGACGCCAAUGCCCCCUACGCGCGCCUCGGCUGUAAGGGCGGUGGCGUGGCGGAGGGUUUGGCGGAAACGGAGAUGGGAACGCCGCGUCGCGCGCCGGCCGCGCCGCACUACGCUCAACUCGCCCAGCUUUCCUCUGACUCCGGCUUCCCCGGUAACGGCGGCGCGUCCGGGUACGUCACCGAGGCGGAAGCGAGCAAGCUUGCGCCGGAGGCGCCGCCUGGCGGCACCGCCACGCCCGCUUCUCGCGUUCCGUGGCCGGCGGACGCGCGGGACGCGGAUGUGGUGUCGCUGUCGACGACGUGCAGUGAGGAUGCUGAGGAUGAGGACGAUGGGGAUGCCGCGACAGCGUUCACGCCUCGUCUCCCGAGCGAAGAAAGUGUCGCCGGAGUCCCGGCGCCGCCGCCGGUCGCGAAUUGCUGCAACGGAUACGUCGAGGAAAGCGCCAUGCCGACGAUAGCCCCGCUCCCGAACGGACACUUACCGGCGCCCCCUGGUGGCGUGGCACCGACGAAGCAGCUGCAGGCUCUGCCGCCGAAUGGCUUCGUUUUGAACAGCGGCGGUUACGUGCGACGCGGCAGCGACAGCGACACGGCGAUGAGCGACGGAUGCUGCGAGGAUGAGGAUGCUGCGUUCGACGACGACGUCGCCAAGACGACGCCGCGUCGGGCGUUUGCGGCGGACUCCGAUGGGUAUUGCACAGAGGCUGCGGCAGUCGGCGGCGGGGUAGCUGUGGGUUUCACGGCUCCCCGCGUUAACGGAUGCGCAGCUCUGCCCACGACAGAGUUGUGACCGGCUGCUACUGCUGCUGCUGAGGCGUGAGGAGACCAUGAGGUGAUUCCACGAGAUGUAUGGAGAGUGAGAACAACGUUGCUGCUGCAAACAGCUGAACUGAAUCGUUGUUCUCUCGUUCGUUCGUCUCCACGUCCACGCACCUUACGUUUGUCUCCCUGAGGGGAAGGUCGCAGCUGUGGUUCCCAUCGCGUCGUUAUCAAUCGUAGACUUACGAGAAACGUACGAAACACUACUGAGAACGGCUGCCUAGAACCGUGAGCCGAUGUUCCUUGACCACACGCGUGAGGAGAAGGUUGUUACGAACAACCGUGGUUCCGUCAUCGUCAUCGAUCAAGGAUUCCCUGUGGUGAGAGAGUAGAGAACGCUGCGAAAUGCCGUCGCUGCGAACUGUAAUCCUGGAACCUGUGAGUUGUUGUUCUCUCGCGCAAUACUGCUCGCUCAUUCUCGUGUGAGGACAAAAUAGUAGGUGGCCAUGUUUCUUCCCGUCGUGUUGUGAUCGGUCUGUAUAAUACAUUAAGUAGUACGUUAGAGUGACAGUAGAGAGAGAGAAAGAGAAAGAGAGAAGGAAAGAAAGAAACAGAGCGAGAGAGAGAGAGAGAGAGACAGCG